GAAUUCCCGUGUAUAAAAAUGCUCAGAAUCUUGGCGACCCUGGCGACUUGGUACCUUUGCAGAGGACUAGAGGAGCGUUCGUUCGCCAGCAGAAGAGCAAUGAUGAUCAAUUAAAAUUCCAGCAAGAAAUAGGGUAUAAUCGUCGGGAAUAAAGCAUCGAAUUUCCGACGAAGGAGAGAGCGAUGUCGACACCAGCGAGAAAGAGGUUGAUGAGGGAUUUCAAGAGGUUGCAGCAAGAUCCACCUGCGGGGAUCAGUGGAGCUCCUCAGGAUAAUAACAUUAUGUUAUGGAAUGCUGUGAUUUUUGGACCUGAUGAUACACCUUGGGAUGGAGGUACAUUUAAAUUGACGCUGCAGUUCUCUGAGGAUUACCCUAAUAAGCCUCCAACAGUUCGAUUUGUUUCACGGAUGUUUCAUCCAAACAUUUAUGCAGAUGGAAGUAUUUGCUUGGAUAUUUUGCAGAAUCAGUGGAGUCCUAUUUAUGAUGUUGCAGCCAUAUUGACUUCUAUUCAGUCCCUGCUGUGUGACCCAAACCCAAACUCGCCUGCAAAUUCUGAGGCAGCUCGGAUGUUCAGUGAGAACAAGCGGGAAUACAACAGAAGAGUGCGUGAAAUUGUGGAGCAGAGCUGGACAGCAGACUAGAAGGCAAA